UUCAGAGAAGAACGCGCGCGCAUCCUGCGUUGCGCACCGUGCAGUACCCGCCUAACUAAUAUUGUUCCGAACCGCCGGUCGGCAUUGGACGGGUUAACGAACUUUUUGACACCUCCAAAGACAAUUAGUGGCACCGAAUUAAAUCGGAUUCUGGAUCAGUGAAUUGGACAGAGAUAACACGUGAUAAAUACACUCCGACGUUUCACUGGGCGAUCGAUCACGCAACGAACCGAUAUUUGUUGGUGACAUUCUCGUCCGAUAAUCGGAACGACGUCCCUUUUUUAAUAAAUUUAUCCUCAUUAAGUGUGAUGGACGAGACUGGUCGCAUUCUUAAAGAUUACUCAUUUAUGACACGUUGAGGACUGUGGGUGGAAUUGGACUAAUUGUUUUUAUUUUGAUAAGAACUUUUUUAUUUGGUUGCAAAGACGGUAUGUGCCUGUGAGAAUGGAGACGCUGGUUUUGAUUCCCCAAGAGUUGAGUCUGGCCUUGACGCCAGGGGGUGCAAGGGGGCGCGAGGCCUCGGUCAGCGUGUGGACAUCAUCAGAACUCCAGAGGGGGACGCUGCUCUACCCCUUUCAAGGCACCAUCAGGAUUGAUAAGCUCCAUGUCUACUCGUACAUUCCAGAUCAUGACAUUCGACACCGAUUCGGACUUUUCGACGAAGUAUGCUCGUCGGGCGGCGUUCAAGUAAGACAUUGCAAUUGGGUGAGGUUUCUACGGGUCUCGGAGAACUAUGGGCCACAAGUAAAUUUAGUCUGCACAAAAAUCAAGGGAGAGCCAGUAUACGAGGCGGUCAAGCCAGUAUCAGCACAUACUGAGCUGGUGGUCUACUACCUCCCUGAAAGACCUGAAGAGAUGUUCUUCGUAAGAAUGAGGAACAACCUGUAUAGGCAAACCAUGGACUCUAUAUUAGAAGACUCACCGCUAGACCUGUCAACGUCGUUGCUGUCAAGAGUGCUGCUGCCAAUAUCACCUCCUUCCGGUCCAGAGGAUGAGCACAAGUCUGUUUCUGGAGACUCCUUGACGUCAUCGUCGGCGGGGUCAUCAAACGAGCUAUUAGAAAUGACGCCAAAAGUUCAGAGGAGGCCGGCGAAAUCAGAAAGAGCUUUAUUGCCAUGUGAAGUCUGUGGGAAAGCUUUCGACCGGCCCUCGCUGUUGAAACGUCACAUGAGAACACACACAGGUGAAAAACCCCACGUCUGCAUGGUCUGCAAUAAAGGGUUCAGUACAUCGAGCAGUCUGAACACGCACAGAAGGAUACAUUCGGGGGAGAAGCCUCAUCAAUGCCAGCACUGCGGGAAGAGAUUCACGGCCAGCUCCAACUUGUAUUACCAUCGAAUGACGCAUAUAAAGGAAAAGCCUCACAAGUGCAGCCUCUGCUCCAAGUCGUUCCCGACUCCUGGGGACCUCAAGUCCCAUAUGUACGUCCACAGCGGCUCCUGGCCCUACAAGUGCCACAUAUGCUCCCGAGGAUUCUCCAAGCAUACCAACCUGAAGAACCAUCUGUUCCUUCAUACCGCUAAACAUCAAAGAAACAGCGCGAGAGAAGCAACCUGAAUUUCCCAGACACUAAAAUGAUGAUUUUUAUCAAAUAAUAUACUUCUACAAAACAGUAAAGUACUUGCAUAUCUAUAGGUAUACAAAAUAAAAUGUGUGAUACUAGCUCAUAAAUUAUAUUAAGUUUUAAUUUAUUAUUCAUGGUAAAAGCGUAUUAAGCUCGAGCAGUUUAUAGGGUAAGAACUUAUUCAGUACAACACUGCAUUUCUGAACUUAAGAAUUAAAAAAAUAAGUUUUAAGUUUUUUUUGUUGAAAAAAGAUCAAAAUUGGUUUUUGUUUUUAUGAUCUUAAAAACUUGGCACUAAGUAGAAUUUGAUACACAAUUUGCGUUCUGAGGUCUGCGGUCACGCAGCUCGCAACAUAUUGUAUGAAUAAUAUUGAUGGAAAGGGCAAUGCUCGGUGUUUCUUUACCAGAUCAAAUCAGAAAUCCGUAAACGAACUAAAGUCACUGACAUAGCCCGACGGAUUACCAAGCUGAAAUGGCCCGAUGGAGUGGAGGCCACGUACCGGAAAACGCAGCGUGCGACGUCCUCCCACAAGGUGGACCGACGACCUGAUAAAGGUAGCAGGAAGACGCUGGAUGCAGGCCGCUACCAAACGUGCGAUGUAGAAGUCAUUGGGGGAGGAUUAUGUUCAUACACAGGCAGGUGCGGGCUACGUUCAUUUGCCCUGACCGUGGACCGCAGGACGUAUCUAGUGUAGUAAUAAAAGGGGAUCACUGAUGACUCCCGUGGUGUUAACAAUGACAAAACAUGUGUCAUUUAAGGUUGGCUACCCGCUAGGGUGUCAAAGUGUCACGGAUGUAAAUAUUGAAAAAAAAAAACACAGGCUUUGAACCAAUUUGAAUUGUAAAACCUUAGCAUUGAAAAUGCUUGCUUAUAAAGUUUUAAUAACAACAUUAUGCUUGUUGGCACGUAUAUUGUAUGUUAUUUACUAAAGAAAUACAUAGUAUGUAAUCGUAACAUUGUACAAUCGAAACUGUACAAAACUUGACAUUCCAUUAUAUUUGGAGCUAAAGUAAAGCUUAUUUAUUCUGUAAAUAGAUUAAACUUGUAAAUAUUUAGCGUUACUACAUAGUUCUAUGUAGAAUAUCUUAUCAUAUACUUACACUAUGUACGUAUAUUGUGAUUUAUAUACCGUCCAAAACGACUGUAAAUAUUUUUCUUACUUGCAGCAAAUCUAUAAUUUAUGGAAAACUAUUUAUAUUUU